AUGGAAGGGGGAUCGAGCACAGAGUUUAGGGCUGGAUGGGACGAGAGGCAGCGGAAGGUGAAGGAGGAACAGGAGGAGGUCGUAGCUCCGGCUGCAAGGAGACGGACCAAGGUGGUGAAGGAGGAGGAGGAGGCAAGAAAGGAUGCGGAAAGAGAAUCGAGCUUCGAAGAAAGCGGAGAGACAUCAGAAACAGAAGCGAAGGUGGAGACUGGCACCGAAACCAAGAAGAGGAGAGGUCGCCCUCGCAAGGUCGACUCGGCGGCUGCGACGUCGAGCAAGCCGGAGAAAGAGGACCAACAGGAAGACCAGGAGGGUGAGAAGCAGGAAGGAGGCCUCCCUCCUGCGCCGAAACCAGCAGCAAAACGGCGAGGAAGGCCUCCCAAGGAGAAAGAGCCCUGA